AUGCCUAUGGAUGACCGUUCAACCUUCAGCUACAAGUCGCCAAACGUGUUUGGCCGAAUCGCCGUUGCGUGGAAGCUCAUAAUAGGUCUGCGCGGUCAGGAGCUCCAAAGCGUCGGAAGCUGGAUCGAGCGCAACUACGCCCAAAGCGGUCGUGUCGUCGGAUUCAUCAGAUUCGUCGGCUGGGCCGUGAAGUCGAUGCUGGUGGAUAUUCCGAACGCGCUCGUCGGCGUCACCUUCGCCAAGCCCAUGUCCAAGGUCUCCUAUUGGCUUGCGGCGGACAAUCCCGUGAAGAACCAUCCCUGGGCGUCUCAGCCGAACGCAAGGCUGCCGGAGGCGUGCGAGGUUGUGGUCAUCGGCGCGGGAUUCACCGGCGCGGCCUGCGCGUACCAUUGGUCGAAGCGUAACGGCGGCCAAAUGGUUCUGCUGGAGAUGAACGAGGCCGCCUCCGGCGCCAGCGGACGCAACGAGGGCGUCGUCGUCAUGGGCAGGUUCCAUGCCUAUGUUAAGAAGAUGAUGCUCGACGACCUCCCGCGCGUCCGACCCGAUCUCGACAGUGCCCAGCGUGAACGUCUCGCGGAGAAGUUCGCAGAGGCCUACGUUCGCGCGGCGUACAAGAACGCCGACUAUGAUCUGAGCAGACCAUUCGCGACGAGGGGUUUCGGCGUCGACUACGCCCGUGUCGGCUGGGUGCAGGGACAGACGGAUGACUCGCAAGACUACCUCGACUACUCGGUCCGAGAGAGCUACGAGAAGGGACUUCGACGACUGGGACUUGGUCGAGCCGAAGCAGGUCCUGGAAUUGACCGGCAUGAAGGUCGAGUCCGGGUCGAGGACACCGGCGACCGCUAUGCCGUGCACACUAACCGGGGCACGAUCACCGCCCGCUAUGUCAUCAACGCAACCGAGUCGUACACUGCCGCGCUCCACCCGGAGUUCAUAGGUAAGCUCGUGCCCAUCCAGACCAACGCGGCGUUCGCCGAGGGAGGCCCUGCAGCCAUGAAGGAGCACGUGGCCAUGGGCGGGCCGAACUCAUGGUUUGGAAAGCACCCGGAUGGAGUAAUCCUCGGCACUGGGGGCAUCACUCUCGAUUACACGCAGGCAGGCCGCAUCAGGCCUUCCCGCUUUCUAACCAACUACAUCAUCACCGAAAUCCAGCACAUCUUCGGCCACAGCCCCAUGCACGUCUUUCGCGAGUGGAGUUGCACCGCCGGAUUCACCGACGACGAGUACCCCAUUGUUGGCUUGCUGGACGGGAAGAAUCAGUACAUCAUCGCAGGGAUGUGCGGCUCCGGCUCCGGCGUCCACUUCAAUGGCGCCCGCCACGUGGUCGACCACAUCCUCGGCAUCGAAGGGCCCGACGACUACCCCGAGCAGUUCUUCUCACCGACGCGAGUUUUGGACCCAGAAGCCCACCUAUGGCCAGAGUAG